UGGUUCAAACAAGUAGAGGGGUCUUCCCUAUCUCAGAGGGUCCCUUAUCGAUGGUUCCACUGUAUAAUUAUAUUACCUGCUCUUGCAUAAGCCUUUUGUGUUCUCUACAAAUUAAAGGUUUGGUAUGUUCAGCUUGCACGUGCCCUGAUGGAUAUUUCUACUCUUAUAUCACAGAGGAAUGUAUACCCCUGGAUUCAGUGUACCAGUAUGAGCCAACUAUUCUAGAAGGAUGUGAUCCUGACAGGAAUGCUGAAUACCGCACUCAUAUCGAGGCCGAAAUCGAGGCCUUGCUAAAUGAGUAUUUUGAGAAUUCUCAAUGAGCAAAGAAAAUGGAUUUUGCUGUAAAACAUGAAUUGAUAAGUAGAGAGUCGUAAUUGUGAUGCUUAUGUAGUAAAUAUUUAUUUCCUCUUAGUAUUAUAUACUCUUAUUGUUAGGAAAGUAG